UAGCAGCAGCAGCAGCAGCUUGGAAGCAGCAGCAGCAAUAUGGCGACAGCCGCAGUUUGUCCACACUCUUUUCUACCGCCGCACUCCUCCGGACGCCGCGUGGAUUCGUGUUAGAGGCGCUUCGGGAAAAGCUGGAUGUCUGCUAUGGAAAACAAAUAAAGAAGAUCUAGCUGCAGGAUGAAAACAUGGCCGCACCCAUUAUUGCAACCCCAGGACCUCACAGCUUCAAGAAGUUCACCGCGGAGUCGCUCGCUAACAUCGAGAAGCGCAUCAAAGAAGAGGAGAACAAAAAGCCAGCCAAGCCUCGGUCGGACAGCAGUCACCGCGACACAUCUGACGAGAAUGAGCCCAAACCCAAUAGGGACCUGGAGGCCGGGAAGAGCCUGCCCCUCAUCUAUGGCGAUGUCCCUAAAGGCAUGACGGCGACACCGCUGGAGGACCUGGACCCGUACUAUGUCAACAAGAAGACGUUCAUAGUGAUAAACAAGGGGAAAACAAUCUUCCGCUUCAGUGCCACGCCCUCCCUGUACAUCAUAAGCCCUUUAAAUCUUUUCAGGCGAAUAGCAAUUAAGAUUUUGAUACAUUCGUUAUUCAGCAUGAUCAUCAUGUGCACCAUUUUGACCAACUGUAUAUUCAUGACAUUUAGUGACCCCCCAGAGUGGUCCAAACAAGUAGAGUAUACCUUCACUGGUAUCUAUACAUUUGAGUCACUCACAAAAAUUGUCGCCAGAGGCUUCGCUAUCGAUGGCUUCACUUUUCUGCGAGAUCCAUGGAACUGGCUGGAUUUCAUGGUGAUUUCAAUGGCAUAUAUAACAGAGUUUGUGGACCUCGGGAAUGUAUCGGCGCUCAGAACGUUCAGGGUUCUCCGAGCAUUGAAAACUAUUUCUGUCAUUCCAGGCCUAAAGACCAUUGUGGGUGCCCUGAUCCAGUCUGUGAAGAAGCUCUCAGAUGUGAUGAUCCUGACCGUCUUCUGCCUCAGCGUCUUUGCCCUGAUUGGUCUACAGCUCUUUAUGGGGAACCUGCGCCAAAAGUGUGUCUUCUGGCCAAUCAAUAUGACCGACCGGUACCUACCCAACGGCUCCAGGGGCUUUGACUGGGACGAAUACAUCAUGAAUGACACUAACUUCUAUUUUUACCCUGGUCAGGAAGACGCGCUGUUAUGUGGAAAUAGUUCGGACUCGGGAAACUGCCCCGAGGGUUUCACAUGCAUGAAAGCCGGAAGGAACCCCAACUAUGGUUACACAAGCUUUGAUAGCUUUGGAUGGGCCUUCCUAACUCUUUUUCGUCUCAUGACCCAAGACUUCUGGGAAAAUCUCUACAUGCUGACGUUGAGAGCGGCAGGGAAGACCUACAUGAUCUUCUUUGUACUGGUCAUCUUCGUGGGCUCUUUCUAUCUGGUCAAUCUCAUCCUGGCUGUGGUGGCCAUGGCCUACGAGGAGCAGAACCAGGCCACCAUUGAAGAGGCUGAGCAAAAGGAGGCUGAAUUCAAAGCCAUGCUGGAGCAGCUCAAAAGGCAGCAGGAAGAGACACAGGCUGCCGCCAUGGUGACGUCAGCAGGUACCGUAUCAGAGGUCGCAUUGGAAGAUGAAGGAGGGGGUCAUCUGUCCCGCAGCUCCUCUGAAGUUUCCAAACUGAGCUCCAAGAGUGCCAAGGAACGUCGCAAUCGCAAGAAAAAAUGGCGCCAGAAAGAGCAAGAGAAAGAGAAGGGUGACAGCGAGAAAGUUGUCAAGUCUGAGUCUGAUGACGGCAGCAAGAGAAGUACCCUUCGUUUCCCAGGAAGCCGUCUGGGCAGGAAAACUUCGAUCAUGAACCAGUCACUGCUGAGCAUCCCGGGCUCGCCCUUCAUGUCACGCCACAACAGCCGCAGCAGCAUCUUCAGCUUCAAAGGCCGCUCCAAGGACAUGGGCUCGGAAAACGAAUUUGCCGACGACGAGCACAGUACAGUGGAGGAGAGCGAGGACCGGCGUGGUUCCCUGUUCAUCCCUUACCGCCGCAACAGUUACAGCGGCUACAGCCAGGGCUCGUCACGCAUCCACCCGCUGGCUCCUCACUCUGGAGGGAAGAGGAACAGCACAGUGGACUGCAAUGGCGUGGUGUCUCUCAUCGGCCCGGGGCCUGGCAGACGGCUUCUGCCUGAGGUGAAAAUAGAUAAGGCAGCCACUGAUGACAGUACAACAGACAUGGAGAUUAAGAAGAAGCACUCUGGCUCUCUCAUGGUAUCUGUGGAUCAGCUCAACUCCUCCUUUAAAGGAAAGGACCGCGCCAACAGUCAGAUGAGCGUAGUCACCAACACUCUGUUAGACGAAUUGGAGGAAUCGCAGAGGAAGUGCCCCCCUUGUUGGUAUAAGUUCGCCAACACAUUCCUCAUCUGGGAAUGCUGCCCCAUUUGGCUGAAGAUCAAGCAUGUACUCUACGUGAUUGUCAUGGACCCGUUUGUUGACUUGGCCAUCACCAUCUGCAUCGUCCUCAACACACUCUUCAUGGCCAUGGAGCACUAUCCAAUGACGGAACACUUUGAGGGUGUCCUCUAUGUUGGCAAUCUGGUUUUCACAGGCAUUUUUGCCGGGGAGAUGUUGGCCAAAUUGAUAGCCAUGGACCCUUACUAUUACUUUCAGGGAGGGUGGAAUUGUUUUGAUGGUUUUAUAGUGACUCUGAGUUUGGUGGAGCUGAUGCUGGCAGAUGUGGAGGGUCUAUCGGUGCUCAGGUCCUUCCGAUUGCUGAGAGUGUUCAAACUCGCCAAAUCAUGGCCCACACUCAACAUGUUGAUCAAGAUCAUUGGUAACUCAGUAGGUGCUCUGGGUAAUCUGACACUGGUGCUGGCCAUCAUCGUCUUCAUCUUCGCUGUGGUGGGCAUGCAGCUGUUUGGCAAAAGCUACAAGGACUGUGUUUGCAAGAUUGCAGAGGACUGUAAGCUGCCUCGCUGGCACAUGCAUGACUUCUUCCACUCAUUCCUGAUUGUAUUCAGAGUGUUGUGUGGGGAGUGGAUUGAAACCAUGUGGCAUUGUAUGGAGGUGGCGGGACAGGGAAUGUGCCUCAUAGUCUUCAUGAUGGUCAUGGUCAUCGGGAACUUGGUGGUGUUGAACUUGUUCCUGGCUUUGCUACUGAGCUCGUUCAGUGCUGACAAUCUCGCCGCCACGGAUGACGAUGGCGAGCCCAACAAUCUCCAGCUUGCUGUUGCCCGCAUUAAGAUAGGGAUUGCCUGGUUCAAGGUCCAUAUGCGUGUCUUUGUUGCUACAGUGCUCAAGAAGCCUGUCGAGGAUGAACAGAAACCUUUGGAUGAAAUGUAUGAGAAAAAAGUUAACUGCAUCGCAAACCAUUCAGUAGACAUCAACCGGGAACUGGACUAUGCUAAAAAUGGCAACGGCACGACCAGCGGCAUUGGCAGCAGCGUUGGAAAGUACAUGAUUGAUGAAGACUAUAUGUCCUUCAUCCAUAAUCCCAACCUGACCGUGUGUGUACCGAUUGCUGUUGGCGAAUCGGAUUUUGAAAACCUUAACACAGAGGACUUCAGCAGUGAGUCGGAUGUGGAGAACAGCAAAGAUCUGGAUGACACCAGUUCAUCUGAGGGCAGCACAAUAGACAUUAAGCCCGAUGUGGAGGAGGUGGCAGUCGUGGAGGUGGUGGAGGAAUACCUUGACCCAGAUGCCUGCUGGACAGAUGAAUGUGUGGCAAAAUACAAGUGCUGUGAUGUCCCAAUCACUCACGGCUGGGGAAAGCACUGGUGGUUCCUGAGGAAGACCUGCUAUCUGAUAGUGGAGCACAACUGGUUUGAAACACUCAUCAUCUUCAUGAUCUUACUAAGCAGUGGAGCCCUGGCCUUUGAAGAUGUCUACAUUGAGCAAAGGAAGACCAUUCGUGUUAUUCUGGAGUAUGCUGAUCGCGUUUUCACCUACAUUUUCAUCCUGGAGAUGUUGCUUAAGUGGGUGGCUUAUGGCUUCGUUAAGUACUUCACUAACGCCUGGUGCUGGUUGGACUUCUUCAUAGUGGAUGUGUCUAUAGUCAGCCUUAUAGCUAAUGCCUUGGGCUACUCCGAUCUUGGCCCAAUUAAGUCACUCAGGACACUGAGGGCCUUGCGACCCCUCAGAGCCCUGUCACGUUUUGAAGGGAUGAGGGUGGUGGUAAACGCCUUGGUGGGGGCCAUUCCCUCCAUUAUGAACGUGCUGCUGGUGUGUCUCAUCUUCUGGCUUAUCUUCAGCAUCAUGGGUGUGAACUUGUUUGCUGGGAAGUACUACUACUGCUUCAAUGACACAGCAGAGGCAUACUUCCUCCCCGGUCAGGUCAACAACAAAACGGAGUGUUUUGCACUCAUUAAUGACAACUACACUGAAGUCAGAUGGAGAAAUGUCAAGAUCAACUUUGAUAAUGUGGGGGCAGGAUACCUAGCACUCCUGCAAGUGGCCACGUUUAAAGGCUGGAUGGACAUCAUGUAUGCAGCGAUAGAUUCUAGAAAGGUGGAGGAUCAGCCGGUGUAUGAAGACAACUUAUACAUGUACAUCUACUUCGUCAUCUUCAUCAUCUUUGGCUCAUUCUUCACGCUGAACCUCUUCAUUGGUGUCAUCAUUGACAACUUCAAUCAACAGAAGAAAAAGUUUGGAGGUCAGGACAUAUUCAUGACAGAAGAACAGAAGAAAUACUACAAUGCCAUGAAGAAGCUCGGCUCCAAGAAACCACAAAAGCCUAUACCAAGGCCACAGAACAAAAUCCAGGGCAUGGUGUUCGACUUUGUGACCCAGCAAGUGUUUGACAUCUCCAUCAUGAUCCUCAUCUGCCUCAACAUGGUCACCAUGAUGGUGGAGACGGACGAUCAGACAAAAAAGACAGAGGACGUGCUCUACUGGGUCAACUUCAUCUUCAUUGUCGUCUUCACCGGCGAGUUUCUACUGAAGCUGUUUGCGCUGCGUCAUUACUACUUCACCAACGGCUGGAACAUCUUUGACGUCGUCGUGGUCAUCCUCUCCAUCGUGGGAAUGUUCUUGGCCGACAUGAUCGAGAAGUACUUUGUGUCGCCUACGCUGUUCAGGGUGAUCCGACUGGCUCGUAUCGGACGAAUCCUUCGCCUCAUCAAAGGCGCAAAAGGCAUCAGAACCCUGCUCUUUGCCCUGAUGAUGUCACUCCCAGCCUUGUUCAACAUCGGCCUGCUGCUUUUCCUGGUCAUGUUCAUUUUCUCCAUCUUCGGCAUGUCCAACUUCGGCUACGUGAAACACGGGGCGGGAAUCGACGACAUGUACAACUUUGAGACUUUUGGCAACAGCAUGAUCAUUUUGUUUAUGAUCACCACGUCAGCUGGCUGGGACGGCCUGCUGCUGCCCAUCCUCAACUACCCGCCGGACUGCGACGCCAAGUUCGAGCAAGCCGGCACUCCUUCCACAGGAAACUGUGGCAAUCCCUCUGUUGGCAUCUUCUUCUUCGUCAUGUACAUCAUCAUUUCUUUCCUCAUCGUGGUCAACAUGUACAUUGCCAUCAUCCUGGAGAACUUCAGCGUGGCUACGGAGGAGAGCGCCGACCCGCUCAGCGAGGAUGACUUUGAGACUUUCUAUGAGAUUUGGGAAAAGUUUGACCCCGCUGCCUCCCAGUUCAUCACCUACGCCAAGCUUUCUGACUUUGCAGAUGCACUGGAACACCCGCUGCGAGUCCCCAAGCCCAACACCAUUGAACUCAUCGCUAUGGACAUGCCUAUGGUGAGCGGAGACCGCAUCCACUGCCUGGACAUUCUUUUUGCCUUCACCAAGCGUGUGCUGGGGGACAGCGGCGAGUUGGACAUGUUGAGGCAGCAAAUGGAGGAGCGUUUUGUGGCGGCCAAUCCCUCCAAGGUCUCUUACGAGCCAAUUACCACCACUCUGAGGCGCAAGCAGGAGGAUGUGUCGGCCAGAAUCAUCCAACGGGCCUACCGCUUCUACCUGGCGAGGCGAGGCUUCGUUUGCAAGCGCAAGCCGAUUAAUGACAGAGUGGAGAAUGGCGGGAACAAUCAGGAACAGGAAAAGGAGGCCACGCCCUCCACCGCCUCCCUGCCGUCGUACGACAGCGUCACCAAGCCUGACAAGGAGAAGGAGGACGACAACGAGGGCAAGGGGGGGAGGAAUGAGAGAGGAAGAAACCAAAAAGACGUCAGGGAAUCCAAAUGUUAGGGGUCGGGGGCGGGAUAAGUAAUAAUCACCGCUAUUAACACCACAAAUUAUAACUUCUAGCAAAGCGCGAGGGAACUCACACCCGCACGGAUGUACAGAUUAUUUCAUUUGCAAGUCAGAAAAGAUUCAGUGAUUUUGUUUUCUCGGCCUUUGGUGGGAAGUUCUGUUGACGGCGUAAAGACUCCUCUCAUAGUCAGCUGUGACAUCAUUGUAUCGAGAUGGUCCACAGGUGGCGGCGAGGAGCUCCACACAAGCAGAGCGACAGGAACUCAUGGAUUCCUAUGGAAGACAGCGUUACGGGUGGAAGAACUAAGGAAUGAUGCUCUUAGAGGAGCCAAAGAGUUCAUCUGUGUCAGUACGGAAGUGUGUUGGAGAGCUAAAUGACUAACUAGGGAUGAGUGAAAGACAAACGAUGGAGAGCAACGGAAGCAUUUUUUUGUUUUAUCAAAGCUAUGAAUUGUCGACGUGAGCAGCAAAAAUGCAAUAUCAAAAGAACACUAUUUAGCAUUUUGCCCAUGCCAUCCAACGCCCAUUAUGUAUACCCAUUAUUGGUUUGAUUUGAAAACAUGGGCUUUCAUACCAAUUUGUUCAGGGUCUGUUUAUUACGGGGGUGAACUCAGGCCAAGGGCUUACUUACAUUUACUCAGAACGAUUUCCAAAACAAAUACAUAGGUUAUUGUGCUUGUUCAAUGCAUAGAAAUGAUUUGCAUGAUGGCAUGUUUUUGACCAGAACUCUUGCAUGAACUUUUCAUCGUCCACAAGACACUAACACUGCAGUGGCGUCAUACGAGGGUCGGCCUUCCGAAGCGGAAAUAACUUGUCUCAUCACUCCACGCACUACAAUUGUUGCCUCCUAUAAACAGACGAAUGGAACAUGUUGGUAUAUUUGAAGAAAAAAACAACCCGCCACUGUAAGUGGAUUGCAGUUGCAAUCUGAAUAUUUAUUUGCUGCUCUAUAAGAUGAUGAUGAUGAAGGACGUGAUGUCAGAAUAUCAGAAGCUUCUAUUUAACGUUUCUAUGCACCGAUGUAAUGCACCAUUUGCUUUUAGCUCUGUGUGAUUAUUUAAACGCGGUUUUACAAGUAUAGCCGUUUGAUUGCAGAUGCUUUUCCUUUUCCAUAAGAGUUGAGAGGAGUUGUGUUGCUCUAUUUUAAGCGUGCGUGUGUGUAUUUAUUCUCCUUUUAUAUUUUUAUAAACCUCAUUUAAGCUGGUUGGAUUGGUGAACAAGAAAGGCAAAGGAGUGUGUGGAGAAGCCAAAGAGAUCUGCCUUGUUGUGCUUCAUGGGUUUGUGACUAAGUGUCCAUUUUUUUGUUGCUCUCAGAGACCCUAAAAUUGUAUGCAAUGCUUGAAAAAAAAGGCCCCC